AUGUGGUGUUUUGGUUGUAUGAAGAAUCACGAGAGUGUGAAAACAUGUAGUCGUUGCAAGAUAAACACAUACUGUUCAGUUCGAUGUCAGACUGCUCACUGGCCCUUUCACAAACGUAACUGCCUACCAGCAGAUUCUGCAGUUCAUAAAUUAUUCCAUGUCUGUUGGGAAGACCUCAUCCCAGCUUCUACUAACCCUAUCUGGUGGCAAUUUGGUUUUGCAAAUAUUUCUGAAUACCACGGGAUUGUUAUUUCAAGAGAGGGUUGUACCGCACUGCAAAUAUUGCUGGGACUCUAUCAAGCUAUACGAAUAGAUGUAUCUUUAGCCGAGGACCCCAUUCCUUUCCAGCCACCUGGGAACACAAUGGGCAUGUCAAAAAAGAUGCUUCAGAAAGCAUACAAAGCUAAUAGACUUGAUGAUCUACUCCAGCGCUAUAUCAGCAAUUCUAUCAGUAGCUAUGGCAACAGGGUUGCAAAGUAUUUGUUCAUGUGGCGCCAGAACAAGUUGAUAAUUGGGCCAACAAGACCAACUUCAAGUAACAUGGUGGAAUGGCAUAAAAUAAAAGAAGAAACAAGAAGAAAUAUCUAUGUCAAGUACUAUGAACAUUAA